GGUGUUGAAGGCCAAGAGCUGUCUUUAGCAUUAAGAUAUAUACGAAUUCACAUAGCGCUUUCUUUGUUGAUAUGAAUUCAGAUCGCAAGAGUCUUCCGCAUCGCUUAAAAUCUUUGGUUUUGACCGGCUUUUCGGAUUGCCGACCACAUUUUCUGACUGGACAGUAAGUAACUCAACAAAUACACUUAAUUUGAUAUUAUUUGCCAAUGUUUGCUUGCUUUUGCUUUGGUCAAGCGCUCUUUUAGCGCUCAAUUUACAGUACUGCGCAAGUUCGUGCUUUUUUUAUUUGUGGAAGAAACUGUUAUGAAUGUAAGCUUAAAGGAGUGUAAAAAAUUAAUUUCGGACUAGAAAAACAAUUUGCAAAUCGAAAUAAAGUGAAAUGUGACUUAAAAAGGUAAAUACUUAUGAAUGAAUUCGCUGGCAGAAUGUGAAUAAAAGUGUGAAGCAGGCGGAAACGGUUACGCGUCAAUAAUACUAUUGCAGGAUGCAAACAAUCAAUGACCGUUUAUGAGCACACACCCGUGCACACACACUCGCUGAACAACAAAUGUCGACCGUUGUCUGGGCUAGACAUCGACGUAUUAGUUUAUUCCUUCUGAGCGGGCACACAAUUGCGAGUGUGAGCGCGAGCUCACGCUAUUUAUUGCCAUUUUUCAUUUCGUCGUUAGUUUUCCUUGAGUGUUUUGUGCAAGGCGUGCAAUGCUUGUGUAUGGCUGCGUGCAAAGCAACAUGGUUUUAAAUGAAGAAAAACAAAGGCACCAAGCAACACCAAAUAGCAACUUCAAACACUUACUCUAUCAGUCAAUUUUUCUUUUCUUUUUUUCCAUUUUUGUUUCUUGUUUUUUGUUUUUUGUUUUUUUUGCAAAAUUUGUUAUCGAACAACUGGGGGUGGAAGCGAAGAAAAGACAGAAAAAAACCCCGAAAAAUGUAAGAGAAAAGGAAAAUUUUUAAUACGGAAAAACGGAUUUUAUGGAAGUAAUGAAAUGAAGUGUUUAAGAAAAGGAUGCGUUUUUUUUUUUGUUCAAAAAAGGAAAUGCUCGUGAAUUCCAUUGUGUAGUGUUUUGAUUUGUAUAUAAGUGAGGGCUGCGUAAAAUGAAAAAUGUUUAUUGCCUGGUUUAAUGGUUUAAGUAAUCGCAGUCUGGUGAUUACCAUACUGAUUUGUAUGUCUUUAAUCUAUGUGUCCUACACUUUUAAUUCUUGCCUCUUAACCAGCAUUAAUCGCAGUUUUAAAAGGAAUGCUUCGCGUCAAUUGUUAAUAUCUACAAAUCUAUUGGAAGUCGUUGCAAAUGUUACAAUAACUCCCUAUGCAAACAAUAAUAAUAAUAGCUUCAUCAAUACAAAUUCCCAUAUUGGUGUACACAUUGUGCCUCUAAGCUCGAUGAAUAGCACAAAUAACAGUGCCACCACAAUUAGUAAUAGUAGUAACAAUUCCACCAGUAUUAAUUCAAUUACUACUAUUAGUGCUCAUGUAUUGGAAGCUUUUGCUAAAUAUCGUUUAUUGCGUCAACCGGGCUCUCGGCCGUCACGUCAUUUACCUGACACUUUAAUAAUAGGCGUAAAAAAGAGCGGUACGAGAGCGUUAUUAGAAUUUAUACGCUUACACCCGGAUGUACGGGCCGCCGGCUGUGAGGUGCAUUUUUUCGAUCGUCAUUAUCAACGAGGAUUACAUUGGUAUCGUCAUCAUAUGCCUUAUACGAUUGAGGGACAAAUUACUAUGGAAAAGACACCCAGCUAUUUUGUAACCAAAGAUGUACCACAUCGAGUGCAUAAAAUGAACGCUAGCACAAAACUAUUGGUGGUUGUUCGUGAUCCUGUUACGCGAGCGAUAUCCGAUUAUACUCAAGCAGCCAGUAAGAAAUCUGAUAUGAAACAUUUUGAAGAGUUGGCUUUUGUGAACGGUUCGUAUGCUGUCGUGGAUACCAAUUGGGGUCCUGUGAAAAUUGGAGUUUAUGCACGUUACCUAGAGAAGUGGUUGCAAUAUUUCCCACUAUCACAAUUGCUUUUUAUUAGCGGCGAGCGUUUGAUUAUGGAUCCCGCCUACGAAAUCGGAAGAGUGCAAGAUUUUUUGGGCCUUAAAAGGGUUGUGACUGAAAAACAUUUCUAUUUUAAUGCAACUAAAGGAUUUCCAUGUUUAUUGAAAUCAGAGGCACGCUCAACACCGCAUUGUUUGGGCAAAACGAAAGGUCGCAAUCAUCCACAUAUUGAUAUAGCUGCCAUCGAAAGACUGCGUGAAUUCUAUAGACCUUUUAAUAGUAGAUUUUAUCAAAUGACUGGCAUCAAUUUUGCUUGGCCAUAAGCUUAAGGUAAUAAGGAACGAGGAAUUAUAUAUUAUAUAAAAUAAAAUAUGAGUUAGUGAUAUUUAAGAAAAAAUUUAAUAUUAUUAAAGUUAUUUGUUAUCUUAAACGCGAAGGUAUUGUAGACUGUUUAAUAGAUUAUCUUACAAAGCAAAACGCACAAAUACUCUUUAUGGAAUUAUGUUAAGAAGAAGGAAAGCGCAUUUUACUUACAUGUGAAUUAAUUGUAUUUUACAAAUAUAUAUACAUGCGUACACGAUGCCACUACACUUAUACAAAUUAGACUUUUUUAAAAAGUCAUAGCUUUCUCUAAUAGCGAAAACUGGUUCCUUAACUCUACAACUCUUAAAAGCCAAUGAAAAUUUAAUAUAAAAUUGUAGCUGCUCUUUCCCAAGCUUUUAAAGUUAUUAAUUAAUUAGCGGUUUAGCGAAUUCGGAGAAAAUGAUAGUUGCAAUAUUAAUUAAAGCAGAGCUUAAAUGCAACAAACCAUCUCUAUUAUGGAAAAUGAAAAAAUCUUCCAGCAAGUGUAACAAACAUGAAAAGCAUUUAAUAGAAAAUAUUUUCCUAGAAUUACAAGAAAAACAAAAAUAUAUAUAUAUAAAAAAUAAAAAAAGAAACAACUAACUCUCUUGCUUGCUUCUUUUCUAUUUUCAUAGAGACUCUCACAUAUGUCCUUAGCAUAUCUUUAAUUAUAU